GAAGGGAAAAAAAGACGAAGAAGAAAACCCAAAAUAAUCACAGUCGCAGAAGAAGAGUUCUGGUUAGCUUCUCGUAUAAACGUAGAAACCGAGCGUUAGCUGGUGUCUAUCCCAUGUCUGGCUAGUGUAGCUGCAGGUGUCGAAGAAAAUCAUAUGCUGCGAAAGAGAGGAAAGGUCCUAUUGAACGUUUCCUGACAGACUGACCCCGCUUUCGACAACAUGGAGAAACAGUUGCAUUUAAACCUUUUAGCUUCCAGACCUCCUAUGGCUGGUGGUUUUCAGUCCGGCUCCAAAAUGAAAAUGGGCCCCGGACGGAAGAGAGAUUUCUCCCCCCUGCCCUGGAGUCAGUACUUUGAAACCAUGGAGGAUGUUGAGGUGGAAAAUGAAAAUGGCAAAGAUAUUUUCAGAAUUUACUGCAGUGGUUCCCAUGGUCCUGUGCUGCUUUUGCUCCAUGGAGGAGGCCACUCUGCACUCUCCUGGGCAGUGUUUACUGCCGUCAUAUGCAGCAGGAUCAACUGCAGGGUGGUGGCUAUGGACCUUCGAGCACAUGGCGACACCAAAGUGAAAAAUCCUGAUGAUCUCUCAGCAGACACGAUGGCCAAGGAUAUUGGCAAAGUGGUGGAGACACUCUAUGGAGAAAAUCCGCCACCAAUCAUGAUUAUUGGACACAGCAUGGGUGGGGCCAUUGCAGUUCAUACAGCUACUGCCAAUCAUAUACCAUCUCUGCUUGGCCUCUGUGUCAUUGACGUUGUAGAAGGAACAGCAAUGGAUGCUUUGAACAGCAUGCAGAAUUUCCUCAGAAGCCGGCCAAAGACAUUUAAAUCUCUGGAGAAUGCCAUUGAGUGGAGCGUGAAGAGCGGCCAGAUCCGGAACGUGGAGUCGGCACGAGUGUCAAUGGGAGGACAGGUGAAAAAAUGUGAGGAAUCCACCAGCAGUCCAGGGGUGUCCAACAGCAUUGGUGAAGGUAUAAUAGAAGAAGAAGAGGAUGAAGAGGUGGAAGAAGAAUCCAACAAGAAAAGGAUGAAGGAAGAUGACCAAGAGAUAAAAAAGGAAAGCAUCUUUACCUGGCGAGUGGAGCUGUCAAAGACGGAAAAAUACUGGGAGGGCUGGUUCAGAGGCCUCUCUGCCCUUUUCCUCACCUGCCCUGCACCAAAACUACUCCUGCUCGCAGGAGUGGACAGGCUUGACAAAGACCUUACUAUUGGACAGAUGCAAGGAAAGUUUCAGAUGCAGGUCCUCCCUCAGUGUGGUCAUGCCGUCCACGAGGACGCACCUGAAAAAGUAGCAGAUGCUCUAGCAACAUUUAUGGUCCGGCACAAAUUCACCGAGUUUAAGGAAGGAUACCUGUGCUAAUUUACAGUUUUCAGUCUAAAUAUAGCCAGCAGCCAUAAAAGAAGUGUUUCAAGAUUCAUCCACAUCCUCGUACAAUUUAACAGCAAAUGGAGGAAAAUAUAACAAGCAUUAUUAUUGUUAUUAUUAUUAUUAUUGUUAUGCUUUUGUUAUGUAGAUACUUUGCCUUUCAGCUUUGCCUUAUUUUUAUUUUAAAACACUGGGAUUUGAUUGUACCUUUUCUUUACAGUGUUUUUUUUUUGUUUGUUUUUUUUGUUUUUUUUAAUCUCUGAAAUGUAUUGUUCCCCCUAAUUACUGUUUUAUUUUGAGUGAUUGCUUCAUUGUUAAUAUUUUGUGUUUGUACUGUUUGAAUUCAAACAAUGAUUAAAGAUGGAUGCUGUAAAAAUGUCAUGCUUGUAUAUUUGGUAUGCGUCUUAAAAGACACCAUGAUCAUUUUGAACGUGGGAGUUCAUUUAACAUGAUAUCAUGUAGCAGGAUAAAUGCUAAGCUAAAGGCGAAGCCCAGCUUACAGUCACUGUUGUUGUUGUUGUUGUUUAGAAGGUAACAUGUAUUCUGAUUCUGCUCAAGUUCUACUUAUCACUUGUUAUUUGAAGCAAAGUGAUCAUUGUGACAUCAGAGGGUUUUUUUUUGUUUGUUUGUAUUUUUUGUUUGUUUGUUUUGCAGCCCAAUUUUAUGGUGGAGGUGUAUGUUGUACAUAAACUCUGUGAUGAAAUUCUGA